AUGGUGACCAGGAAGAGAGACGCCACAAUUGACGUGGCCAAUAUGUUCAAAGAUGUGGAAGUCAAAGUGCCACUCUUAACGGCAUUGAAGAUGUCUCCAAUCAGCAAGUUUAUAAACGACUACCUAGCGGGGAAGGUCAACGAAGAAGGGAGAAUGAUUGCAGAGGAGAACGUCUCUGCCGUGAUCCAGAGGAGCGACAUCCCAUCGAAAAAGACCGACCCAGGAAUGUUCACGCUCCCGAUUUCGAUUGGGGAUAUUCAAGUGGAGCACGCCAUGUGUGAUUUAGGGGCGUCUAUCAAUGUUCUGCCAUACUCCAUUUAUAAGAAGCUUGCAGAGGCCAAGCUCGUCGAUACUGAUAUAAUGAUACAGUUGGCCGACAGAUCUUGUAUUCACCCGGAGGGAAUUUUGGAACAUGUAAUCGUAAAUGUGAAUAACUUUCUAUACCCGGCUGACUUCUUCAUCAUCAAGAUGACAGAGCCAACAUCAAGGGAGUCAAGUGGAGUUCUACUGGGAAGGCCGUUCAUAUCCACGGCCAGCACUAUAAUUGACAUCCGUAAUGGGACGAUUAGCUUGGAUUUCAAUGGAGAGCAGUUCACGUUCAAUAUUGAUGAAGCUAUGAAGAGGCCAGCGGACAAAAAAAAUGUGUAUUCAGUAGACGUGAUUGAGCCACUAGUGCAGGAGUAUCUGGAGGAAGAACUCCUACAGAGGCAUUUCACUAAUUCCGCUGCAGAUGAAGAGGUCGAGAGAGAAGUCGCCGAAUGGUAUGAAGCCAUGAACGUCGGCGAAAUGGAUGAUCAAGCCAUCGCGAAAGCGAUGAUGGAUUUAUGCGAGCGACCGUGA